AUUGAAGCAGACUACGAAACACUCAACCGAAGUUUCAAGAACCAACCAUCCGCAUCGCUUCGCCUGCCCAUCAAAUCGCGCGAUGGUCGAGUUCACUUGAUGGACAACGAAAAACCUCAACUCGACAAACUACCGAAGCUUUUGUUACAUGUAGAGACGCCGUCGUCGAGCACUGAAGCCGAAAGCGACACCGAGCAAGUCGCGGAACCGACUCUGACGCCCGCACAAAAGCUAGCGCAGACGAAAGAGGCCCUCGCACGCAUUGCCUCGUCCAUUAUUGAAGAUCCGGAAGAUGAGAUUGACUCGCUGGGCAAGCUUCGUGAGGUCCUGCUGCACGGCAAUAUUCGCGAGCAACAAUUUGCGCUUCUCACUAUGACUGCAGUAUAUAAGGACAUCAUUCCUGGAUAUCGCAUCAGACCUCUCACAGACGUGGAAAAGGCGGAAAAGGUCACCAAGGAAAUCAAAAAGACACGGAACUUUGAGCAAGGGCUUGUAAAUAACUACCAACAAUUCAUCAACAGUCUCAUGUCGUUUUGCAAGACCAACAGGCGUGCGUCUAUGGCUGGAAGCUCGCAUCCUUUGAAGCGUGCAGCUGUAAUAGCUUCUUGUUCUUUGCUCUCCUCUGCCCCUCAUUUCAACUUUCGCACAGAGCUAUUCUCCAUCUUGGUCAAUCAGAUAUGCCGCAAGACUAUAGAUGAACUUUUCUCGAAGAGUCUUUCGACUCUGAUUGAGAUUUUUGCUGGCGACGAGGAUGGCGAUGCAUCAUUCGAGGCAGUGAGACUUUUGACAAAAAAGAUGAAGGACCGAGAAUAUCAAGUCGACGAGAGCACAAUAGCUGCUUUUCUGCAUUUGCGACUUCUCAGGGAAUUGGAUGUGCGAGCAUCUGCUUCGAAGGUGGAUCGCAAGGCAAAGAUUGAGCGCAAAUUUAUCAAUAAGAGGAACAAGAAGCUCAUGAAGUCCCAGAAAGAGGUAGAAAAGGAUCUGCGAGAGGCAGAGGCCACUGUUGAUGUGGAGACCAGGGAGCGCCUGCAAAGUGACACACUCAAGCUUGUGUUUGCGGCCUACUUCCGCAUACUGCAAACAGGGAAUCGCUCAGUCAUGGGUGCUGCUCUUGAAGGCUUGGCGCGCUUUGCACAUCUCAUCAAUGUUGAUUUCUUUGGAGACUUGCUUGAAGUCUUGAAGCAAUUGCUUGCGGAUGUCAAUGACGAUGCUGAAAAGACGCUCUCGACGCGAGCAUCUCUGCUGUGCAUCGUAACUGCUUUUGCUCUACAAACAGGUCAAAGUGGCACAAAGGAGACGAUGACACUUGACCUUUCUAUGUUUCUGCAAGAGCUGUAUUCUACCAUGCUAGAGCUAAGCUUCAAUACGGAUGUGGAGAAAAACUUCCGUGAAGAUGCUCAAAUGGACAGUAAGCAAAGGGCAACUAUCAAUGUGGCGACGGAAGCAGAGAUGCUCAUUCGAGCGCUGGACGCCGUGUUCUUCAAGCAGAGAGCGCAGUCGACACAGGCCAGACUUUCGGCAUUCGUCAAGCGAUUGUCCAUUUGUGCCGCCAACUUUCCGGAAAAGUCGGCUGCUGGGUCUUUGGAGCUCAUCAAGCGCCUGGCCGCUCGCUACAGCAGAUUAGUGUCUCUCUACAACACCGAUGAUACUGCUGCUGAUGGUGCGUAUGACGGAACCACCAACAGUCUGGAGCUGACAAACACAUCUACGACUAAUGCUUACGAGUUGGCCUUGUUUCAGAGGCACUUUUCGCCAAAGGUCAGGACUGCUGCAACGUCGCUGCUGGAAACACUGCGUGAAUCUGCA